UUGCCGAUGUCACUAUCAACGAAAACGGUGUUUCAUAUGCAAUAUUCGUAUAUUUUCUGUAACGAGACAUUCUAGUGUUCAGAUAAAAACGGGCAUCUGUUAAAUUUUUAAAAGAACUUCUGAGUGGUUGCUUCCUUAUAACAGAACAACACAGUGUUAAUUAACCUAAUAUUUUACAAUCAAGGUACACUCAAAUAAGUGUUGUGAUGAAAAAUAUUUAUUUUCGGCUGAAGUUUGAAAUCUUUACAGUUGUAAUUUGAAACCCAUUACAAAUUUAAAACAUUAAAAAGGUAUAAAAAGUUGCUAAUUGAUUAAAAAAUGCGAAAACCAAAUUUUGAACUGUCAUCGCGGUUUGCUUAAAUGGUUUUAGUUCAAAAAUGUUUAAAUGACUGCCGUACUAGUGGCAUCUGUUAAUGGAAUGGAAAACAGUCAAAUGGCUCAAAGGUCAAAUCACGUAAGCUCCGUUUCUCUUUACGGAGUACCAAUUGUUUCCUUGUUUAUCGAAGGCCAGGAGCGCCUCUGCUUGGCCCAAAUCUCAAAUACUUUGUUAAAGCAAUUCAGCUAUAAUGAGAUACAUAACAGAAGAGUUGCGCUUGGCAUUACUUGUGUACAAUGUACUCCCGUACAAUUGGAGAUAUUAAGAAGAGCUGGUGCUAUGCCAGUAAGUUCACGACGAUGUGGAAUGAUAACACGAAGGGAAGCGGAAAGAUUAUGCAAGAGUUUUUUGGGUGACAAUACUCCGCCUAGACUACCUGACGACUUUGCAUUUAACGUUCAGCACAAAUGUGCUUGGGGCUGCCGUGGAUCUUUCCUACCUUCUCGUUACAACUCAUCCAGGGCAAAAUGUAUAAAAUGUUCAUAUUGCGGAAUGUUUUUUUCGCCCAAUAAAUUUAUUUUCCAUUCACAUCGGAUAACGACCAAUGACAGGUAUGUACAGCCCGAUGCGGCGAACUUCAACUCUUGGCGAAGGCACAUGACUUUAAGUGGAAAUCCGUGUGAUGAAAAAAUAAUUCACGAAUGGGAAGAUGUAAAAGCUAUGUUUAAUGGCGGCACAAGAAAGCGUAUUGUUAGCAGCACCGUUAGUAAUCGAAGCCUGGAUUCGCCAACGCCUUCGGUGACUACUAAAACGGGUGUUGUAAACAGCUCAUGUAGUUCCCCAACGAAUUUUGAUAGAGAUACCAAGGAAGGCGGCGGGGAUUCAGAGUCUCAACUCCCACAACGACAGAUUGAUAGCCAAUACAAUUAUAGCUCUGUAGCUGCAGCCGCUGUGGUUGGAGUUACGGCGGUUGCAGCUGCAACUGUUGGCGUACCUUUCAAUUUGCAUGGAUCUGCCGUCCUAUCACCUAUGCAAUCCCUUCGAAGCGAACGGGACAUUUCCCUAAUGCCAAUCUCUAGAAACUUUGUAGUGGACUACAUGUGGCAGCAAAAGGACCAACACUAUCAGCAACAGUAUUGUAAAAAAUUCAGUACCAGUGAACCCAGCGAACCAAGUCUUGACUUGGAAUCCUGCCAACGUUCAUGGGUUAGGCCCGACGGUAAUAUUCCGUUACCGAAUGAAAAUACAGUUCGUCUUACGGAUAAUUCAUCUUUUAAUAUAAAAAACGAUUCACACUCAUCUAUAAUUAUUAAAAACCAUAAUCUCUCUGGAGUUGCGAGCAGCGGGAUAAGCAUUUCCGAUUACAAUAUCCCAUCAAUUCUUAACUGCUCUGCUUUUAAACCAGUCGUCGCUUCGACAGCAAUUGUGUCAACCUCUUUAUACACAAGAUCCAGUGAUUCAAAACGGACCGAAUAUAUCCACCCAAAGCAAACUACGAGAACCACAACGGUCUUAACCCAUAAUAGUAUUUCGGGUUCUUCGCACCAUAUCAUAGAUCAUGAGACAUUUUCGCCAAUUAUAGAGAAAGUUCAAUCUAAUAUGGAGAAAAAGCCAUCUGUUAGCGAUAAUGAUGACGAACUGGUGGAUAUCGAGACAACGGAAGACGAGGGAAAGUUCAUAAGUCAACAAAUUCACGUUUCCCAUACACCUGCCGACAUUGUAUCUGAAAGCGAAAGUACUAGCCUUUCUCCAUCUACAAGUACAAAUAUUGAUGUAGAGGGCGACGUCGAUGUAGAUGUCAUAACAACAGAUGCUGAAGAUCAAACAGAGUUAAAUCCAAAUCGAUGCUCAAUUGAAAAUACAAGUCACUCUCUAUCAAUUUUCCAAACUGAGAAGAUACAAAUUUCCGGUUCAUCUUUAAAUUCAAAAUCAAUUUUAGAUAAAGAAGUUAAACUAUCAGAGAACGCAAAAAGAUUUAAUGGGCAUUUAAAAAUUAUAGCUCGCCGAAAAACAGAUAAAAUACAGCACGAUCGAAGUCUUUCCAGAUUAGUAAAUGAUAAAUCGCUGUCGAACACUUCAGCCACCAAAGAAAUAUCAUCCAGCUUGCAAAUACAGCAGCGAGUUGCCUUUCCAGUGUUUUUUAAGUCGCACUUGCAUUCUUUUUGUCCGCAAUCUCGGCAGGCGAAUUUCAAUCCUAAUUCUGUGACGGAAUCACAUAAAUGGAGCUGCCCAGUCGGCAGCAUUGGAUCAGUAUGUUGUUACGAAACAUCCGUAAAUGAAAAUUGUGCAAAUUUGAAGUAACUUUAAAAAAAUAAAAAAAAAUGACGUAUAAAAACAUUUACGCUAAUGCUCAAUGGUUUAGAGUAUUAUUUUAUCCGUGCCUGAAAAGUAAUUAAAAUAAUCUUAAAAUAU